AUGACCACAGAUCAGAUUCAUCAAGGGUAUAAACGGGGUCCUGCCAGAGGACGUGUUGGAAUUAGUCCUCCUCAGAGAAGCGGGUCUGCAGUCAGGGACUCCCCCCUCGGUCUGCGCACCGCCCAAGCCAGCUGGACUGAGCAGACAAAAUUCUCCCAGGAGAUCAAUCACCCCGCUCGUUUGGAAGUAAGGUGUAGCUCUGCCACCUCGAGGUACCCCAUCGCCGGGAAACUACAAGAAGAGUGCGAGGAGCGGUGCGAUGACCCCAACAGCUCCAAAAGGAUUCUAGAACGGUGCCAAGAAGGAUGUCUGGCAGAAUUGCCAGCCCGAACUGCUGGAAGUGCCGGAGUGGAUGUCUCAACAAUAGAAACCAUUCUACUAUGGAACUCUCGGGUACACCGUGUGCCAGUAAACGCACAAGGACCAUUAGGUAAUGGGCUUAGUGCCCUGUUGUUGGGACGGUCUAGUAUAACAUUACAAGGAAUUUUUGUGCUUCCCGGGGCGAUUGAUGCGGACUACACAGGUCUCAUUUAUGCUAUGAUUUGGACACCGUCUCCACCAGUAUCGAUACAGGAAGGAAGCAAAAUUGCACAGCUAGUCCCUUUUAAAGCAAAUGUACCAUGUAAGGUUAAUCAACAGCGUGGCAAUGCAGGGUUUGGAUCUACGGGAUUAGAAGCUCAAAUUAUGUGGUCAAUGGAGAUCAAUAAAACAAAACCUAGUAUAUCAGUAGAGUUACAAAAUGCAAAGAACAGGCCAGAAAAAAUAAAAUUACAAGAAUUAGUGAAUACUGGAGCAGAUGUAACAGUUCUGUCGUGCGAGGACUGGCCUGUCACUUGGGAGCAUUCUGAGAUGGAUUCGAAACUGUUCGGUGUGGGAGGAUUAUCAAAAACUCGACAAAACAAAUAUAUGAUUCAAUUGAUUUGUCAAAUUUUAGUUCAUUAUAUCAAACCUUAUGUAACCAAUAUCCCUAUGAACCUGAUAGGCAGGGAUGCAUUAAGUCAAAUGGGAUGUGUGCUUAGUACAGGAGACAAUUUUGUGGCGUGGCCAUUGACGGGCGACCAUGCCUAAAGCUGAAAUGGAAAACAGAGGAACCGGUUUGGGUAGAUCAAUGGCCGCUGACUGAAUCUAAGGUCGCCAUCUUGAAACAGUUAGUACAGGAGCAAUUGGAUCAAGAGCACUUGGUGAAUACCACGAGCCCUUGGAAUACACCAGUUUUUGUCAUUCCAAAAAAAUCUGGGAAAUGGAGACUAUUGCAUGAUUUAAGAAAAAUAAAUGA